GGAAAGCGGAAGUCGCAUGUGCGGGAGGCGGCGGCGGGGGUCCGCGCCGCGGCUCACGAACUCGUGUGGGUUGCUGAGGAAGAGCCGCCGACAUGAAGGUGAAGAUGCUGAGCCGGAACCCGGACAACUAUGUCCGUGAAACCAAGUUGGACUUACAGAGAGUUCCAAGAAACUAUGAUCCUACUUUACACCCUUUCGAAGUACCACGAGAAUACAUAAGAGCUUUAAAUGCUACCAAACUGGAACGGGUAUUUGCAAAACCAUUCCUUGCUUCCCUGGAUGGUCACCGUGAUGGAGUCAAUUGCUUGGCAAAACAUCCGAAGAGCCUGACUACUGUCCUUUCUGGGGCAUGUGAUGGAGAGGUUAGAAUUUGGAACCUGACUGAACGAAAAUGUUCUCGUACAAUACAAGCACAUGAAGGUUUUGUGCGAGGAAUAUGUACUCGCUUUUGUGGAACUUCCUUUUUUACUGUUGGUGAUGACAAAACUGUGAAGCAAUGGAAAAUGGAUGGGCCAAGUUAUGGAGAAGAAGAAGAGCCGUUGCAUACGAUAUUAGGAAAGACAGUGUAUACCGGCAUUGAUCAUCACUGGAAAGAUCCUGUUUUUGCCACAUGUGGACAACAAGUAGACAUUUGGGAUGAACAAAGAACCAAUCCUAUAUGUUCAAUGACCUGGGGAUUUGACAGUAUAAGUAGUGUUAAAUUUAACCCAAUUGAGACAUUUCUUUUGGGAAGUUGUGCUUCUGACCGGAAUAUAGUGCUAUAUGAUAUGAGGCAGGCUACUCCUCUGAAAAAGGUUAUCUUGGAUAUGAGGACAAAUACAAUCUGUUGGAACCCUAUGGAAGCUUUCAUUUUUACUGCAGCAAAUGAAGAUUACAACUUGUAUACUUUUGAUAUGCGUGUUCUGGACACCCCUGUGAUGGUCCAUAUGGACCAUGUCUCUGCAGUGCUUGAUGUGGAUUACUCCCCCACUGGGAAAGAGUUUGUGUCUGCUAGUUUUGAUAAAUCUAUUAGAAUCUUUCCUGUGGAUAAAAGUCGAAGCAGAGAAGUCUAUCACACAAAGAGAAUGCAGCAUGUUAUUUGUGUAAAAUGGACUUCUGACAGCAAGUACAUCAUGUGUGGAUCUGAUGAAAUGAACAUUCGUCUGUGGAAAGCUAAUGCUUCUGAAAAGUUGGGUGUGCUUACAUCACGAGAAAAAGCAGCCAAUAAUUAUAACCAGAAGUUAAAGGAGAAAUUUCAACAUCAUCCUAGUAUAAAACGUAUAGCUCGUCAUCGACAUCUUCCAAAAUCUAUCUACAGCCAGAUUCAGGAGCAGCGCAUCAUGAAAGAAGCUCGUCGACGAAAGGAAGUGAAUCGCCGUAAACAUAGCAAGCCUGGAUCAGUGCCAAUUGUGUCAGAGAGGAAGAAGCACGUAGUAGCAGUUGUGAAAUAAUAUUUGGUAUUCCUGCUAAUCCUGACAUGAAACUUUUUGUUACUUUUGACUUGAGAACUCUACAAAUAAAAGUACUGGCUCUGGUUUAAUAGUAAGCAUUUCACGUAUAUGUGUAGACUCUUAACUGUUGCUCAGCUACCCUGCAUAAUUACCCUCAAGGUAGCCUGAUUAUGUGUAAUAUUUCAUCCUUAAUCUGCUUUAAUCUGUCAUUGAAGAAUUUGCAAUAUUUGCAACUAACUUAUUUUUGCCAUUAGAAAUUGCAGAUGCACUUUUUCUCUAAUAGAUUAUAGACAUUAUACAUUUGAAUUUACAUUUAAGACUGCACAUUUCUUGUGUCAUCUCUAAUCUUACUUUGGGUAAUGAUUACAUUGAUUCUUUUAUGAUUCCUCAUAACACAUAGAAGAAUUAUGUUAGAACUUUUUUCAGCUGAAUUUCUUUCCUGUUUUAUUCAUAUUUGGCCUUUUUAAAUUUUAAACACGGGCAGCUUUCAUUUA